UGAAAAUGGUUCGUCGGAUGGCUCUGUUCCGGUGAUACGCCGGCCAGGCACGUUGCCUGGUGCCCAUCCUCAGUUUGGUUCUUCUGGUCCUUGUGUUCCCUCUAGAAGACGCCCUCCAUCAGGCAACACUGACCGGUCACCACCUCACGGGCUCAGACAAGACCCACCGGUGCGGCUGCCAACCAACCCCGAGCCAGUGCAGCCAUUCAAUCCAUUUGUCACUUCCGCAAUGCUGCGGACAAACAGUGUUCCAUGGCACGUUUCGCCGGCUCAACCAGCUAUCCUGACAUCGGUCGCUAACAUCUGGGCUGGCGUCCAAGACUUGACGCUCAAGGAUCUCACCCUGAGCGACGAGGUCGACGAAUUCCACUGUGUAUUUUGUCUGGACGAGGAUGAAGAUCUUGCAAAUGAAAGUGUGAUCUUGCGCUGUCAGUGCAAGGCGCUUUCCCACCUGGCCUGCGCGGAAGAGUGGCUGGAAAAACGAAGUACAGGGUUUGAAACGUCUUGCUGUGUGUGUCGAAAUGAAGGGCCUUUAGACGCCUUGAUUCGCCCACUAUGGGCCCAAUCGUCGGACACCGAGACGCGUCAUAUCCACAGGGUAAGUGAAUCAUCUACCGAGGGAGAACUUGCCACUAUCAGGAAUUUAUCACCAAAUGACCCGAGUCGGAGUCAGCUGCGACAGCGCUCGGUGGGACCCCAAGGGAGAUCAGUCGAGCGGAGUGUGGAGAAUGGCCCCCGUCGCUCGGCUAGGCUAGGAGCUCAUCUACCACGAGGCCCUUCUACGUCUGCACCACCCCGCCGGUCAGCACGACUAAACUCCACUCGAAGGUGA